AUGCCGCAACAGACUUUCACCAAGGAGCAGGUCGCUUCGCACACGAGCGAGAAGGACGGCGUGUGGAUCAUCGUGGAGGGGGGCGUGUACGACGUCACAAAGUUCCUCGACGACCACCCCGGUGGCAAGAAGAUUCUUAUCAACCAGGGCGGCAAGGACGCGACCGAGAAGUUUUGGUCGUUCCAUUCAAAGUCGGUCCUCGAAAAGACGGCCAAGCCGUUCCUCAUCGGCAGGGUCGGCGAUGAGGCGAACCAGGGUACCGACGUCGAGGAGGCUGUUGAGAACAAGGUCGAGGAGGAUGCGCCGGCCCAGGUCGAGGAGGAAGAGGACACGACCUACUUUGGCGACCUCGUGCCGUUCGGCGACCCCUUCUGGUACCAAGACUGGGCCAGUCCGUACUACAAGGAUUCGCACCGCAAGCUCAGGUCUGCCAUGCGCGCCUUCACCGACGAGUACUUGACGCCCAACGCGAUGGCCUGGGACGACGCGCGACAGAUCCCGCCCGAGGAGUACAAGCGCAUCGCAGACUUUGGAAUCCUCGCCGGUAUCGCCGCCGGUGCAGGCGCCUGGCCGACCGAGUACGCGCAGGGCAUCCCCGUCCCCGGUGGCUUCGACCCGGCGGAGUGGGACGCGUUCCACAACUUCAUCGUCGUCGACGAGAUGUCCCGCUGCGGUUCCGGCGGCAUUCUCUACGGCCUUCUCGGCGGCUUUGCAAUCAGUUGCGGACCGAUCCUCCACUUUGGCUCCGACGAGCUGAAGAAACGGAUUCUCCCGUCGCUGCUCAAGGGCGAGAAGCGUUCAUGCCUCGCCAUCACUGAGCCGGAGGGCGGUAGCGACGUUGCAAACCUGGUGUCGACUGCGCAGCUCUCGGAGGACAAGAAGCACUACAUCGUCAACGGGACGAAGAAGUGGAUCACCAAUGGCGUCUACGCCGACUACUUCGUCACGGCGGUUCGUACGGGUGGCAAGGGUAUGGGUGGCCUCUCGCUCAUGGUCGUCGAGCGCACCGAGGGCCUCACGACACGCAAGAUGGACUGCAUGGGCGUCCUCGCCAGCGGGACAACUUACGUCGCUUACGAGGACGUCAAGGUCCCCGUCGGCAACCUCCUCGGCAAGGAGAACAAGGGAUUCCAGAUUAUCAUGAGCAACUUCAACGGCGAGCGAGGCGGUAUCGCGAUGCAGGCCAACCGUUUCGCGCGCGUCUGUCUCGAGGAGUCCAUCAAGUACGCCAACAAGCGCAUGACUUUCGGCAAGAAGCUCAUCGACCACCCCGUCAUCCGAGCCAAGCUCGCCUCGAUGGCCCAGAAGAUCGAGUCGACGCACGCCUGGCUCGAGGCUGUCGUCUACCAGACCACGCAGUACGACCACGACACGAUCUCGCUACGUGGCGGCGGAACGAUGGCGCUUCUCAAGGCGCAGUCGACCGAGACCCUCGAGUUCUGCGCGCGCGAGGCCUGCCAGAUCUUCGGUGGCUUGUCGUACUCGAAGGGCGGACAAGGCGAGAAGGUCGAGCGACUCUACCGCGACGCAAAGGCUUUCUCGAUCCCUGGAGGCUCCUUUGAGAUCAUGCAAGACCUCGGUAUCAGGCAAUCAUUGAAGGUGGCGGAGAUCAUGGGCGCGAAGCUGUAA